GAUCAAUUAAUCUUUGUACAGAGUACUUUUGUAUAUAAUUCAGUUUAAUUCACAGAAUAUCUAUUUUUUAUACGAAGUAUUGCAUAUUUUGUUUACUUUAUUCAUUCACUGAUUCAUAUUCAACAUGGAGGCGUAUCAAUUUGAUAAAGUAAAUCUCGUGAAAGAUUUUAAAUGGUUAAACGAACCGGCCACAUGGACAGUAGAAUCGGAUGGUUUACGCGUAAAAACGAAAAAUAACACAGAUUUUUGGCAAGGAACCUGGUAUAAUUUUCACUUUAAUACUGGCCAUCUAUAUGGUGUUGAUUUAAGAGAUGACUUCAAUUUUGUGGCUUGCAUCGAGGCGGAUUUUACAACAUUGUACGACCAAGCUGGUCUUAUGAUUUAUUUGGAUGAGAAACACUGGCUGAAAACGGGCAUAGAGUACAAUGAUGGACAGCCCAUGAUAGGCAGUGUGUACACUAAUGAAAAUUCAGAUUGGGCCACUGGUGUGUACAAUGGUGACCCGCGCAAAUUCUGGAUGCGCCUCACUAAAAAACGUGACGUUGUUUGCGUCAAGUAUUCCAUAGACAAUAUUAGUUGGACUCUACUGAGAUUGUGUCAGUUUCCUGAAGCGAAGAGUUAUUUCGUCGGUUUGAUGUGUUGUAGCCCUCAGCGGGAGGGUUUGGAGGUAAAGUUCAACGAGGUAUCCAUUACUGUGCCGCAGGACGACAUAUUACAUUCAAAUUAACUCAAUUUUCAUACAAAUUUAGUAGUAGCAUUAGUUUACCUACGCCGUGUGGUCCCGGCGUAGAAUAUGCCAUGUCUUCUUAAAUGAAAUGGCUACCUACUUUCAUAAUUUUCAUGUAAAGGAAUUCUUAAUAAAAUAAAAAACAUUAAAUAUAAA